CACCUGCAGCACACUGGGAGAACUGCUACUGCCAGCAACCAACAUCGACAGUCACUCGUUUAUCUUUUCGUCGCAUUCAGUCUUGCUUUGGUGUCAGAGCGCGGAGAAGUGCAGUCGAGCUGCCCGCGACUCGACAAAGCUUACACAUUGCGACCGCGCGGCAUCUACCCGAAGCUGAAGACGCUGUGCGACGACGACGAGAGGAGACAGCGAGAGGGAGCGCGCGCAGGCAAGGCAAGCGGCAGCGCUGGAGCAUUCGACCCGCACCUCGACGCAUCUUCAAGGCCGCGUUGAAAGCGCAUUGAACGUUGCCGCCGCGCAAACAUGGCGGGCAAGAGUAGUAAGCCGGGCACCAUGUCCUUCGAGGUUGAAAGAGCCAUGCGGACUAUCUUCAAGCGAUGCGUGCAAUGUCCGCCCGAAACACCGACCUGUGGCUCUUGCCCGAAUGGCCACAUCUGUUCCCUGGUGCCUCAGAACUGCAACGACUGCGCACAUACCGAAUGUAUCGCAAAUCCAAAUCCUUCGCCCAAGAGCGACAGUCCAAAUGUAGGAGCCAUUGCGGGCGGCGUCGUUGGCGGCGUCGUCUUCAUGAGUGUCGUCAUGUUUCUGCUGUGGAGGUUCUGGAUCAAGAAGAGAAGAGAGCAGCAAGAACUCGAGGCGGAAGAAUGGGAAGAAGAUGACAUUGCACAGCAGAAGGGCGAUGUUCGAAGAUUCACUGCCAUGCGAUCCGAUACUGCGUCCACACGAACAAGAGGCUCUGUUGCAGCCAGCAUCCUCAGUCGCGCGAGCAACAUCAUCCAGAUUGCAUAUAUCCCAGGUGUCACGAACAGGAACGGCUCUGGUCGCAAUAGUUUGCUCGCUCAUGCACCCGUCCCGCCUAUUCCGGCUGCCUAUGCGAACACCACUCCCAAGAGCCCGCUCAGCAACGAAGGAGAUGCCCUCUUCUUCCGACCUGGCGAUCUGCGCGGCAGCACAUAUUCGGACUCCUCUUCCUUGAGAUCAGCGGACAAAAGAGAUACGCAGUACAGCAGACAGUCUAUCACGCCGUCGUUGGCACGAUCAUCCAUCAUGUCAGACGUGUACAUGGACAACUCCGCGCCUCCACCAAUGCCAGCCACGCAAGUCAUCCGAGCAGCGCCGCGCAUGGUCUCAGUCAAAGGCUCUUCAGCCACUUCUUCUCCAUCCAUGGAGUCGCCGCCAACUGCUGCUCAACUGGGCCCGAAAGUAAUGAUGCCCGGUCAAACAUCGACCACCAGCUCUCCUUCGUCCGGAGCGAGCGGCUUUGUCAAGGCCAAGCCUGUCACUAUUGGUAGCAGCAAAGGCAAGGGUAGAUUCCCGGUGUCCCGGCAGCCGAGCGAUGCGUCCACGGCAACAUCAACUUCAACAAAGCCUGUGGUCUCCUCACCACUGGUCCAAACUGCCACUGAAUCUGACGAUGAGGAUGAGCACGCUCGUGCGAGAAAAAGCAUGAUCAGGAGUUCCCUCGGUUACGCGGCGGAUCCUGCACCUCUGAUCCAACCUCUUGAGUCGCCGUUCUUUGACGCUUCGGAAACACAGACUUCAGCUUCCGCAGCGACCCAACAACAAAGACCGAACCCAUAUGCAGCAAUGUCAGCAUCUGUGGGUUCCGGACGACGCGUCAUGAAGAGUGGCGAUAAUAGAGGUCCUGGUGGACUAAGUGCAGUCAUCGAAGAAGCUGCAAAGAGGGCCUCAGAAACACCAGAUCAUGAAGGUGUUGGCGGCAAGCGAGACCAGAGUCCUUUUGGUGAUGAGCACGCUACCAAGGAGUAGUAGGUGCAGUAGGUAGACGGGAAAGGAUUUGCGAAUCUGGAACAUGUAUAGUGCGAGCUGGCUCUCGAACUGAGAAGUAUGAGCCACGACACGAAACGGAAGAGAUCUUGGAGAGAGUUUGCAUGGCGUUUCAGGGGAUACAGCAGGCGCAAGAAAAGCGUAGCUCAGGAGGACACGAUGUAUGGGAAGAAGUUCUAGUGGGAACAAUAACAACAACAACAUUCAUAUGUACUGGACCCACAUCUGUCAUGACAAAGUGUUAUAGAGUAUUCACAAACAGUACGGCUGUCAACGCUUC